GUGAAUUUAUUGAAGGACCCAAAGUAAGCGUUUUCAUCAGAAGUGGUCGUCGAAGCCACUCCAUCCUACAUAGUUUUAUUGAAUAAAAAAUUUUUCGCGCUGAUUAAAAUGGGUGACGACGUCGUAAGAGCUGAGAGGUAUACACUCCUCCAAUUAAAGGCGUGGUGCGCAGCUGUUGGCGUGAACGCAAGCGGUGCAAAGGCGUCACUAGCGGCAAGGCUUAGUCAGCUAACAGCAGAAGCACGCGGAUUGUGCCCAGGUAGCGGACCAGUUGACUUAACAGACGAAUCCAAUGACAACGCUGCCGAAAGAAGCGAUGGAGAAUCUGACGAUGAAGUGGUAAAUGCAGCGGUAAAUGCGGCGGAAAACGUAGCGGACAAUGCAGCGAAAAAUGUGACGAUAAAUGUAGCGGGAAAUGUUGCGGUAAAUUCAACAGUCAAUGUAGCGGAUAAUGUUGCAGUAAUUGCAGCAAACAAUGUAGCGGUCAAUGGAGCGGAAAGGGUAGCGGACAAUGUAGCGGUCAACAUAGCGAACGGUUCAGACAGCAAUGCAAAUUACAGCGUAGAUGGUGAGUUUGGCGUACAAAUUAACAGCGGGGCCAAUGCCGAGUCAGAAAAUCUCAAAGUGAAGUUACUGGAGAAAGAAAUCGAAAUGUUGAGGCUGAAGCUGGCAAUAGAAGAGCAAAAAAAAUACGCACACUGUAGCUAAAGAAUUUCCCUUCGAUACAAUAAAGCAACUGGUGUCGGAUUAUGAUGGUGGCGAAAAUUUUGAGAUGUGGCGUGCCCAAGUGGUGCACCUGCUAGAGGACCUGAAAGUAAACAAAGAAACGCUAGCUUUAGUAGUACAGAUGAAGUUGAAAGGUGCGGCCGCAACGUGGUAUAACACCAACAAGAUGUUUUUAAGGAGUCUAGAUGCCGUGCUUAAAGAGAUGACUGCAAUAUUUGCACGUAGUGACAAUCUUCUGGUUACGCGACGCCGUUUCGAAAAACGCAGCUGGAGUUAUGAAGAGUCGUUUGCUAACUAUUUCAAUGAGAAGUGUUUGCUAAGCAGCGGUUUGAACGUGGUCGACACGGAGCUAGUCGAAUAUAUAAUCGACGGUAUCCCAGAUAAGCAGUUACAGGUCCAGGCGAAACUGCAAAAUUUCCCAACAGCCAGCAGCUUGGUGAAGGCGUUUCGUACAAUUGAGUUGCCGCAACGUUCAUCUCCAAGGCCCAGCGAGGACAGAGUCAGGUGUUACAACUGCAACAGUUACGGCCAUUUGUCGAGAGAGUGCAGAAAAGCAAAGCGCGAAUUAGGUACCUGUUUUGCUUGCGGAGAAAAGGGCCACUACGCUUCAAGAUGCAGUAAAUACAAGAAGAGUCCGCCGGCGAAUAAUUUCAAUGCCUAGUCGAUUCCGGGAGCCCCAUAAGCUUGGUCAGGGAAUGCUUAGUGCCGGGAAGAGUUAAAUUGCAGGAAGAGAAAUGUAUUUACUAUGGAUUAAAUAUGUCUGAAUUAAAAAUUGUUGGUAAAACCAAGUGUAACAUUGAAGUUCUUAAUAAACACGUUUUGAUUGAACUUAUGGUGGUCCCUAAUGAAUCGGUUGGCUGUUCAGUUGUGUUAGGUAGAAAUUUUAUUACGGCUAGUAAUGCUAAACUAAAAAUUGGUUCGGUAGAAUUUAUGAAUCAAAGUGAAAAUACUGGUGUGGAAAAUUAUUGCGAAGGUCAUGUUGAAAAUGUAAAGGAAAAUGAUAACAACGUACACAAAGAAAUAGAUGCGGCUAUAAGAGAGAUUCUGACAAUUGAGGUGCAGGACGCAAACAAAGUUGAGUAUGUGAUAGGACACGAAGUUAGUGCUAGUAAUAAAAAACGUUUCGAAGAUAUGUUUUACAAAGAGUAUAUACAGGCAGUUAAACCAGAAGUGCCCGUGGUUAAAAAAGAGAUUCGCCUAGUUUUAGAAAACAAUAAACCAUUUUACUGCGCGCCUAGAAGAUUGUCAUAUAGUGAAAAAGCUGAGCUACAAAA